CAGCGCGGUAUUACAAGUUCACGCUGCUGUCUCCCGUUGAAAAACAAUAGGAAAUGCGAAUGAGAACGUAUUUUGUAGCAAAUUGUGUGAUUUAAGAAAUUUUUUCAUUCGACCAAUUAAAAAAGAAUCAAAGUUAUUUUUAAGGAAUUUAGUUAAGAGGAGUCCUUUUUUAAAAUGAGUGAAAAAGAGACUGAUAAAGAAGAAAAGAAACCUAUUAUUAUCAAAGAUGCAACGGACUUGCAAAGACUGCGGCUAGAAAAACUAAUGAAAAAUCCAGAAAAGCCAGUUUUGAUACCUGAGAGGAGAAAAGAAAAGACGCUACCUCCUCCACCAGAUUUUGUUCGAAAUGUAAUGGGUUCUAGUGCUGGAGCCGGUUCUGGCGAGUUUCAUGUAUAUAGGCAUCUUAGACGAAAAGAAUAUGCGAGGCAAAAAUUUAUUCAGGAAAAAAGUGAACAGGAAAAAUUAGAUGAAGAAUACCAGAGAAAAUUAGAAGAAAACAAACGUAAAGCCGAAGAAAAGACAGCAAAAAAAAGGGCAAAACGAUUAAAAAAGAAACAGAAGGCUAAAAUUAAAGCAAAAAUUCCUAAAACAAAUAAUACUGAAUCUAAGAGUUCACAAUCUGAGAGUGAAUCAGAAAAUGAUGCAGAGCAUUCAGAAUCAACAACUGAAAAAGAAGAAACAAAACCCUAACUUAUACUGUAACUAAUACAAAAUAGAAAAAUUGUAUAAUUUUUUUCAACAUUAUCAUCUACUUAAAGUUUAUAAAGCUAGAUGUAUCCUUCCUGCAUGUUUCUUUUUUAUUUUUAUUUCAUGAAAUAGAAAUAUUUAUAAAUGAUGCAAACAUAAAACCUAUUAAGUUUUUCUGUACACCAUAAGUCAACAAUUGCUUCAUAAUAUGUUCUAUUUAUGUACAAAACUUCAUCUGAUUGUAUUACCAAAAAUGUAGAGCAAGGGGGUUACCGCCACUUCUUAUAGCAGUCUUGGUAUAGUAUUGAUUUUUAAUUAAUACAUGGAUAAGUACUAAAAUAAGGCGAAGAUUUUGACAGUUUUGUCUUAAGAGAAAAGGUAAUAGGAAAGUAUUGGACUAUAGCAUGUACAAUAUGCAAAUUUUUAUCAAACCUGGUUACUGUUUUACGAUUUUUUCUUAUAUCUCAAACAACCUACUUAAAUCAUCCAAAGUCAGUGCAUGGUGUGUUCCCCCAGCAGCAGUUUUGAAUUGUUCUAACCUUGGUAAAUACAGUUUGUAAUGUUGUCUAAUUGUGUGUACAAUUUAAAAGCGUCUUAUGGCACACAAAUUUCUUUCUUCUGGCCGCAUAGAUUUUAAAAUUGGAAAAAUUGGGGGGAAACAAGACAGUAUAUGUUCUCAAUAUUUGCCCAUUUUCUUUUUCUGCUUCUUAGUAUUUAAGCAACAAAUAACUUGUAUAGCUCCCAUGAAAUGCAUGUUUAUACAGUGAAAAUCAAGGUCAGUUGCAUUUUUACAAAUCAUAAUAAUGGUUUCAAGGCUUUUUGUGCUAAUUUCAGAGUUUUAAUGUGGGAAUCCUGUUCAUACAAUUCUUAAAAUAAUUAUCUUAAUAAAACAUAUCAGUCCCCUUUCCAACUAAAAUAUAACAUGGUACAUCUUAGAAAGCCUGAUCGCCAUAGAGUAG